GUCUUUUAAUUGCUUCCAUUAAUUUUUGGCAUAAAUAGUCGCCAUGAUUUACUUUGAUUGGUUUACGGUAUCCCUUUUAGCAUAUUGUUUGUCCUGAGGUGACAUAAGAUGUAAUCACUCAACCACUGACUAUGUUAUUUACUGGUGGUACUAUCAACUACUGCUGAACAAUGGGUGGACACAGAUCGCAUCGUAGUAAAUCGCAUGAUCGCGACUAUUCGCGGUCUCAUAAGCGUUCUCGUGGUCGUCACAGGCGAGAUUCCUCAUCGGAAUCACUUUCAAGCGUCUCAGAUCGAUCUCGUAGUAGAGCUGAAUCGCGUAGUCAUCAUGAUCGGAAAUCUCGUUCUGGCAGUAGUCAUCACCGUCGUUCUUCGUUGAGGGUUGAUAGGUACAGCGAUAUCCAUUCAGAGCGUUCACGGGUUUCUCGUAGCCCUGAUCGCAGUGGUUCUCGUUUUAUAUUAAAAUCGGUGAAAAACACUAAUCAGAUACAUGUCGACGUUUCGUCUGCACGUGGUUUCGAGUCAUCUGAGGACCGUCAGAGUAACCGUACCAUCUUGGUAGGAGCUCGGCGAUCAUUUCAAUUACCGUCGACUAUCAAAUCGCACUCCUCUGUUACUGAGGGCUCUGAUGAGGCGUCCGAAGAGGGCGAGAUUACCGAGGGUUUAGUUCUGGACGAUGACGAGAUGGAUGUGGAUAAAUUCUUGGAGCAGCGUCGUCUUGAACGUCAGAAAUUGUUGGAAAAGCACUCAUCAGCUUCUAGGUCAAUUAAUCCUUCUGGUGUUAACUCUGGCAUACCAUCGGCAUCGAGUGAGACUGAGUCACCUAACACACUUCCCGGUGAUCAAAACACGGACCCAGUUCAAUCUUCUACAUUACCCCUUCCACACAUGGAUUCUACCCCUUCUGAAACCGGCCCCGGUGCAUUACCAGAUCCGGAUCAAUUUGCUUCCAGUGCUAACACUGGUCCCGUAUUUAAAUCGUUUAGGCGCGACACAGUAGGUAGCCCUUUGUUACCUGAUGCGGAAUCGAAGCCUAAGGCUUCACACUCGCGUUCACGAAAUCCAUUUGCGAUGUUUAUUUCACAGCUUGAUUCAUCGUCCCAGAUUGGUGAUACCGCUACUCCUAACAAUGUCACAUCCGGGAGCCAGGUAGGUAACGAUGGUGUUCUUACGACACCUAAAAUUGCUGAUCAUAUACCUAAUAACUCUGAAGAAUCAAUAUCGAACACGGAAGUUCUUCCUGACAAGCCUUUAUCUGGGAGUAAUUUGGACGAUGUUCAAGAAUCUGCAGCUUCACUUGACCAACAGGAAUCAGAUGGUAACGUGCUGACAGCGCUUGCCAGAGAUAAAUGUUCUUCUCUGAUUGACAAGUUAGCCUUGCCUAUUUUUGCCAUGUCUUCUGACAACUUGGACGACGGGCAGAUAUCUGAGUUAACGGCAUCUGACAUUGACGACGACGAUGUGGGCUUUAAUGCUCCUGUGCCCACGAAAUCUACUUCUAUAGUGAAUGCACUACAGAGUGAGAUUUUGGGGGAGAAGAUUAAGUUGCGUAACAUGAUGCUUAAGCUUCGGGAGGACCACAAAUCCGAGGUAGAUGAGACUGUUGUUACUCCAGUUCAGGAGUCUGGUGCUGUAUCUGCUUCCGAUGAGUACAGUGACUCGGAUGAUGAUGUUGACAUUUUUGCUGAAGCUGAUGACACUAGUUCUAAGAAGGAGCGUCCUUCAUCUAAGCGUCGGAAGACCCAACGCCGCGAGACUACCGUUCGUGGUCUUAGUGACGAGUGGAAUGAUGCUGAGGGUUACUAUCAGGCCACUAUUGGUGAGUUGUUGGGUGAUAGGUACAAGGUCAUUUCUGAAUCUGCCGGUAAGGGUGUCUUCGCUUCAGUUGCUCGUUGUCUUGACAUUGACACCAACACUACUGUGGCUGUUAAGGUAAUUCGUAAUCAUGAUAUCAUGGUACGUGCUGCAGAAAAGGAGAUAUCUAUAUUACAACGCCUCAAUAAUAGUGAUCCUGAAGACCGGCGUCAUGUAGUUCGUUUGUUAGGUCGUUUUGAUUACCGUGGCCAUGUAUGCAUGGUAUUUCCAUGGCUUUGGGGCAAUUUACGUAACGCGUUACGUCUUCACGGCAAGGGUAAAGGUGGCUUCAGUCUUCCGUAUAUCCAUUCUUACACUCGUCAGCUAUUCAUUGCUUUACGCCACCUUGCUAGGAAUGGUGUGAUGCAUGCUGAUUUAAAACCGGACAACAUAUUAGUGAAUGACGAUUUCACUCGGAUAACUGUUUGCGACUUGGGUAGUGCCAGUGACGUUUCUGAGAACGAAAUAACUGCGUAUUUGGUGAGUCGUUUUUACCGUGCUCCAGAGAUCAUUUUGGGUUUACGUUAUGACUGCAAGAUUGACAUUUGGAGUGCCGCUGCUACUAUUUUCGAGUUGGCAACUGGUGACAUUUUAUUUCCAGGUCGCACUAACAACCACAUGUUGAAGUUGAUGAUGGAGUAUAAGGGUAAGGUACCCAAUCGUGUCAUUCGUGCUGGUCAGUUAUCAUCACAACACUUUGACGAUAACUUGGAUUUCAUUUAUGUUUCGCGUGACUCCUUUAGUCACAAGGAUUCGGUAAAGCUGGUGAGUGACUUGCGUGCUAAGCGCAGCAUCACUGACGUUUUACUUGAGCGCCAGCCUUGGAUUAAGGGUACAUCUCCUAAGAAGGAUGCCAUGGUUCGUAGGAUGCGUCAGCUUGGUGACCUUCUUGAGCGUUGCCUCGCCAUUGAUCCCGCUAAGCGGUUGAGCGCUGACGAGGCAUUGCAGCAUCCGUUUAUUCGCGGUUAGUACAAUUUCUAAUCGAUAGCAUGUAAACUUGUGAU